UUGUCUUUACCAUUUCAAAGAAAGAGAAGGGGAUCUCUGAACGUGCACAGAUGGGAGGAAGAGCAACACAGGAGUGGCACUCCGUCGCCUAGAGCCUACCGGCAUAGAGAACCAUCUGUGCCCUCUGUUAGUUAUACAUUGGACAAAGGAGCCACCAUAGAACGUGGCGAAUGUCCUAGAGGAGCUGAGAUUUACAGUUCUAAUUCUAGCGCAGAUAACUCCGAGCAAGGCGUCCAAACAGUCUCUCUUCCUUUGGUAGAGGACUUGGACUCCACCAAUUCUAUCCAGGUCCUCCGCGGAAAAGAUCCAUUCUGGCUGGUUAUGAUGGGCCAGUUUGGUCCAGAGGGAGGCAUCCUGUCCUGCGAGGAUUCUGAUGUCAUCGUAGAAAUUCCCCCGGGUGCUAUUCCUCCUGAUCGCCGAGACCAGCUCAUUAUAGCAAGGAUUUGUUUGUGCCCAGACUCCAUCGGACCCAAGCUGACAGAUCCCGACUCCUUGUGGCUCAGUCCACUCGUCGACCUCGAAUCUCCUGGUCUGGACAGAUUCGAUAAAAAUGUCCUCAUCAAGAUUCCGCACCGAGCUCGAGUGCAGCCCGGCUGGACCUUCAGUGUACAUACUGAUGACACCAAGUGCAACGGGCAGACCGAUAACACUCCUUCCACCGUUGACCUUGUUCCUGAGGCUACUACGUUUCUUCACGGUAAAGACACCGAUACCCAGGCAAUGUGGAAUUGUGUGGAGCAGAAAUGGCAUUUUCGCACGGAAGAAAAGGCUUCAAACGAUGUGACCAGGUUAACUUUUUCGGUCGAUGAGAAAUACGUCAUUAUCUCCACUUCUCACUUCUCCCAGUAUGUCUGCUCAGGGUGCAGUAAAACACAUCCUCUAAACCUGGAAGCUGUGGUGUACUGGCAACACUACAAGGUCGAAGGUCUCCAUCAGAUGUAUCUCAAUGUCUACAUCAUUGACACAAUUAAGGAUACACGCAAAGCCAGCGUCGAAAGCAACGAGAGAUCAAGCAAACUGGCAGGCGCCAAAAGUGGCAUGACGGGAUACUACCCACUCAGUUUGGAAUAUACGUCUGGUGAGGCUUCCUCGUUCACAAUCUACGUAGACGAGGAGUGCAUGGAUGACGACUGGAAAUGGGUUCUAAAUUCUUACAAAGGAACACUCCCGGCUAAGCGAGAGAUGUCAGUCGAAUCAGUCAUUCGUGGCUGCUGUUCAUCCCACCUGUCUACUCGAGAGAUGUUCACCUUCGUUCCGAGGGACCUUUCCAAGCAUGAGCAACUCAGCUUUUUCCAAGCGAUGAUCGGCAUCAGGCAGCUUAAGUUACAAGAUGUGGUCAUGAAAAUGCCAAUUCUUGUAACUGCUCCCCUUACUAAGGGAUGUAUAUGUAGAGCUGCCGGAGCUUCUAACACCGAUAACACCAGCAGUGAGGUCCCCAUCCGUGACGAAGAAAUUGACUUUGUCGCCGAGCGACUGCCCUGCAGCAAAUGGCGCCCUCUCUACCGUAAACUGAUGGGAAAGGGCGCCGACAACGGCAUCGAAGAGAUCUGGUACAGAGAUCGCACCGACUCCCGAGAGCAGAUCCACAGCGCCCUCGUCGGCUGGCGGAGCAGCAAAGGUCGCAUGGCAACGGUCGAGAAACUCAUCACAGCUCUUCAGCAAGUAGAGCUUCGAGACAUUGCUGAUCAGCUACAGUCGUUUUGCCCAGAGUCGCGAGAGUAAACAGACGAUGUUCUCACAUCCUCUGAUGCAUGUGUGGAAAUGGAAACACAUACGGUCCUUGUCCAAUCCGUCUUAGCCGAGUAGUCUCUUUGAGUAUUCAAGAGAGAGUUCAAUCAACACCCAGUCAACGUGAUUUAAUAAUGUAGGCCAACUCUGUAACGUCCCCAGUCAGGUUCAUCAGGAAUCUGAAGUAAGCUAAUUGACUUAAAUCAGGUCAAGAAUAUCGUUCAUUACAAAUCAAGUUCGUCUAAGCUGUAGCCAAAUGGAGGCAUUCAGAGAUCGAAUUCGACUUAAUCAAUCAAUUUAAAACUAAUGUGAAGUAAUUUAGUGCGGUGUGUGCCUAAGCGUGUUCCCUGUUUUGAAGAAGCAGGUGGAAAUGUGCACAGUUCUGCGCAGUCAUUCGCUUGUAUGAUUUUAUUGGACCGAGUAUAG